AUGGUAGUGAAAGUUUAUGGUCCACUGAGGGCAGCCUGUCCCCAGAGAGUGAUGGCCUGUCUUCUUGAGAAGGAUGUUGAAUUCGAGAUUGUUCACGUCGAUCUUGAUGCAGGAGAGCAUAAGAGACCCGAUUUCCUCCUCCGUCAACCGUUUGGACAAGUUCCGGCCAUAGAGGACGAUGACUUGAAACUUUUUGAGUCCAGGGCAAUCAUGAGGUACUAUGCUGCCAAGUAUGAAGAUCGUGGUCCAAACCUGCUGGGAAACUCCUUGGAAGAAAGAGCAGUGGUGGAUCAGUGGAUUGAAGUGGAAGCACACAACUUCAAUGACUUGGUCUACAAUCUGGUCCUUCAACUAGUGAUCUUGCCACGAAUGGGAAAGCAUGGCGACUUGGCCUUGGUGCACAGCUGUGAGCAAAAGCUGGGGAAAGUGUUCGACAUCUACGAACAACGCUUGUCCUACUCCAACUAUCUUGCUGGAGAUUCAUUCACCUUGGCUGAUCUGACCCAUCUACCAGGCAUUAGAUACUUGGUCAACGACGCUGGAAUGGGGCACUUGGUGGCCCAAAGGAAGCAUGUCAAACCAUGGUGGGAGGCUAUUUCCAACCGAUCCGCUUCGAAGAAGCUAACGAAGCUCGCUAGCUAA